AUGGGCUGGAUCUUGUUCCUCGGCGCCCUGUUGGUGGCAGUCGCCCCCGCAGUGUACAUGUACCUGGUGCCGCUGCUCACGCCGCGCCUGCCGACCCUCGAGAACAAACGAAUCUGCCUGCUGAUCGCCCACCCGGACGACGAGGCCAUGUUCUUCGCCCCCACCGUCCUGGCCCUCACCAAGCCCGAUACCGGAAACCACGUCAAGAUCUUGUGUCUGAGCUCAGGUGACGCCGAUGGUUUGGGCGAGACCCGCAAGAAAGAACUGGUCAAGAGCGGCAUGAAGCUCGGCCUGCAACAAGAACAAGACGUGUUUGUCAUUGAGAGCCCCGACUUUCAAGAUUCCAUGACCAAGACCUGGGACGAGACAAAGAUCGCCUCCCUCCUCGGCCGCGCCUUCGCCCCGCAGCUCGCCCGCCAGCGCGCCGCCGGCGAGGAGCCCGCCGCCAACAUCGACGUCCUCAUCACCUUCGACGCCGCCGGCGUCUCCUCCCACCCGAACCACGUCUCGCUGUACCACGGCGCCCGCGCCUUCGUCUCCGCCCUCUCCGCCGACCCGCGCUGGCCCUCCCCCGUCGACCUCUACACCCUUACAUCUGUCUCUGUCGCCCGCAAGUACAGCAACUUCCUCGACGCGAUACCCACCCUCUUCUCCUGGGCCACCACGCCCGGCAGCAACCCGCCGAAGCCGCCAAAGAAGCCCAAGACGACGAAAGAGGAGGAGGAGGAGGAGGAGGAGGAGGAGGAGGAGGACAACAGCGAUGACGACGAGGACGAGGACGAGAAUGACGACUACCACCCCACAGCGCUGGUGUUCCUCAGCGAGCUGGGCGCCGACGGCGGCUGGGCGACGGCGUGGAGCGCCAUGACGACGGCGCACAAGAGCCAGAUGGUCUGGUUCCGGUACGGCUGGAUCGCGCUGAGCAGGUACAUGGUGCUCAACGACCUGCGGCUCGAGACGGUC